UAAAGCAGAAAAUGCUGGUUAUAUUUUAUUAUUUACUGCUGAUGUUCAGAGUUGGGCGAUGCACAGAUGAUCCUAUCUUUGAGACAAAGAUCGUUGCUGUUGGAGAUUAUGUGAAACUGACAUGUACCCGCAAAGGUACAGGAAGCAUGUUUUGGAUCAGGCUUGUUUCAGGAAACUUUCCUGAAGUCGUAGGAAAAACAUUUAGCUUUGAGGGUGUUGAGCGUCACAUUAAAACCAAAGAAGAGCCUGGAACAUUUGUUCUGCAUAUCACAGAAGCAAAGCUAAGUGAUACUGCAGUUUACGUCUGUAUGAAAAUACAUCAGCAAAACUUUACAUUUUUGAAUGGAACAGACCUGAAAGUUGAAGAAUCUGAUAUCACUACAGUCCCUCCAUCUGAUCCAGUCCGUCCAGGAGACUCGGUGACUCUGCAGUGUUCAGUCCUCUCUGACUCUGAGAACAAAACAUGUCCAGGAGAACUCAGUGUGUGUUGUUUUAGAGAUGGAUCACAUCAGUCUCAUUCAAGUUUUAAUUAUACUCAAGGAAACAGUGUUGAAGACUAUUAUAGACUAUUAGACUAUAUAAAGAAGUGUUUCUACAGCAAGAACAUCUUCAAGAACAUGAUAUCCUCUGAUACUGGAACUUAUUACUUUGCUGUGGCCACAUGUGAUGAGAUAUUUUCUGGAAAUGGAACAAAACUUGGCAUUGAAGCAGUCGACAUGUGGGAUUCUCAGAGGUCAACUAUGUUGUUUCUGCUAGGUGCUGCUUUGGCUAUAAGUCUGAUUGUUAUAGCUUAUCUAAUUUCUUCCCUAAAGGCUUGUGAUAGUUGCAAUGGUAAGGGUACAUUACUUAUACUAUAUUGUAGUUGA